AGCCACUGAGAGGUCUCCGCUCCCAUCUGUUCAGAGACACUUUGCAGAGUAUCGUGCACGACUUCACGUGCGGAGGUAAAAUGCUGCUGAAGAACCGGUCGAGGAUCACGACUCGGGCGCUGUCUGCGGUCUAACAGCUGUUUGAGAGCGAAGAACAAGAAGGAGCCAUGAUGAAGAAACACCUGAGCCCCGCGAAACAGCAACAACACCCGCCGCCGCCAGACGACGUCCCGGUUCCGAGCGGCGAGGUUACCGUCCAACAACUCAACGAGCUCCUGUCCGACGGCAGCGGCUUCUACAACCUGCCGACCCAGCACUUCAACGAGGUGUUCCCCAGAAUUUACAUCGGAAACGCGUUUGUCGCCCACAACACGAUGCGGCUGCAGAAACUUGGAGUGACGCACGUCCUCAACGUGGCGGAAGGCACCUCCUUCAUGCACGUCAACACCCCUCCGGAGUUCUACGCCGGCACGGGCAUCGCGUACCACGGCAUCUCUGCCAACGACACGCAGAAGUUCAACCUCAGUGCCUUCUUCGAGGAGGGAGCUGAUUUUAUCGACAGAGGACUAGCGCACAAUAACGGCAAAGGGAAGGUGUACGUACACUGCAGAGAAGGCUACAGUCGCUCCCCCACCAUGGUCGCCGCUUACCUCAUGCUGCGCCACCGAAUGGACGUCCGAGUGGCGCUAACCACCCUGAGGCAAAAGAGAGAAAUUGGCCCUAACGAUGGCUUCCUGCGCCAACUGUGCCAACUAAACGAGAAGCUGGCAAACGAGGGCAAGCUGAACAGGGAAGAUGCACGUGGCAGCGAGGAGCUUAUGAUUUUAUCAGCAGACAUACCAUCACACGCGAGGAUGCUCCCGUAUCCUGAAACAUUUUCAUCCCAUCUCGGGUCUCGUUUGUCAGCAUCGAUUUCUUUUCUCUGAAGCAGAAUGAAACGAUCGAUCAGAUGCAUUUAAGUCCGAUGAAAUUGUAACUUUCUGCAUUAAUUUCACUCAAAGUCUCACAAUUAGGCAGCUGAUUUCUUCACUCACUACCCAUAACUACCUAAUAAAACCUCACUUUCAAUGUUUCGCACCAAUAAAAGGAUUUUAGACAUUUAGAUUCAGUCUUUUGCUUCCUUAAAGACAAACCAAACAGCUGCUGUUUAGAUCUGCAGUUGUUGCUGGCGCCACCUGCUGGCAAAAAAGCAGACUGCAGUCUACUUUAAACCUUUUGAUUUUAUAAAAGAUUUGUACUUCACAAAAUAUUUAAAAUUCAAAAAAGUCAAGCUUUUAUAUGAAAAAUGCGCUGCAUUUACAGAAAAAAAACUAAUCAUUUAUUUAAAAAUCAGAAAAAUGAUCCCUCUAAUGUUAUCUAACAUUUCCACACCUUACAAGUUGGGUUUUGGAUUAAUAGUUUGGAUAUAAAACCUCUGAAAACAUUACAAACAACUGUAUAAUUUAGGGGAAAAUAUAAUUUCUAACUGAGGAAGURUAAAGAGUUUACAUAAAUACAGACAAAUACUUCUCAUAAAAUCACAUAUUUAGACUUCCAAACACUUCCUGACAUGUUGUAGCUCUGCAGUGCUCUCUGACCUUUUAUGACCCAGGUAUUGUAAAAUCUGCACAGGAAGUUAAACGUGACCGCAGACUUGAGAACACCGGUGCAGUUUUAAUGUUUUCUGGGUGGUUCCAGUUAACUAUGACCUGUUUUGAAUGUCAGAGUCAGACUUCCUGCUCUUGUGCAAACGCUGAAGAUAAAUUAGAAACAGGAGUUUAUAUUUGGGAUUUUUUCCCCCGAGUAAUUUAACGUGUGCCAUCCUCAUUUUACAUCACAUCAUGAAACCCCCACAGAAAGAAUGUCAUCAAUUUCACAGCCACAUAAUAAACCAGAAACAAUUCCCUUUUUCUGCAGAAAAAAAAAACUGGUUUUGUUUAUUCAAAUGUUCUCCAAAUUGGGGACUGAUUGGGUUGAAAGUUUUCAAAUCAGCUGCCUUAUCAGACCUUCUUAAACAAAAACCUGUGGCUUCAAAUAAUCAAACAAACACUUUCUGCCACCAUUAAAAAGGAUAAAAGCUCCCAUUAAACAACAAAACCAACAUUGACCAACAGAUAAACACUGCCACCUGUUGUCCAACCCAUACCGUGGUUUGUACACUUUAUUUUGGUUAUUUCUGGUCAUGAUAUUGAUCUUAUUUAUGGUUUUAGCUCUAAAAUUUAAAAGUACUCAUUGCAAUAUUGAACGCAUGAAAGAUCAUCCCGAGCUGUAUUAAAGGUGCAGUUCGAAAAAAAAAUUUCCUCUAGUUAUUUUCCCAAAUGCUGAAGUGCAGUGUCAGUGUGAACAAAGCACUUAUCUCAACAAAUCAGAGCAUAAAUGCAAACUGAAACAUCAAACUGAUCAGACUGCUUCAUCCUAAACAGUCCUUUAAUGGAAGUGAUACAUACUGUAUCACAACAUACGUAAUUUGUAAAAACUCAGUAUAAAAAACAAACCAAGCGUUACAUGCAGAAAAUCUGAUCUAACCCCAAAUUAAAAAUCAACAGUUUUGGGAAAAACCUCACGAUACAUCAGCAUAUCGAUAUCUUCUUACCACUCUUUACUUAUUUCCAGCCUCUUUAGCUGUUUCUGUGGGUAAACAGGAAGACUUAGUCCCUCAAAAAGUUUGGUAAUUAAUUUGCAAUGAGUACCUUUAAAAAUCAACACAAAGUAACAAGUUUGUUUACCUGAAACCAGCAUUAUUCUGUGGAUGACAAUAUGUAUUACAGAGAAUGUGAAAUGCCAUUAAUCUAUAUUGGUAUAUAUGCUGAGUAUGUAACGCAAGGCAACUGCUGCAUUUUAAUCUCUUAACUGGCCUAUAUUACAGUGUAAAGACUGGACAGUGUUUGAAUGUAAAAAGUUAAAACUGCAGAUGUAAAAUUCGUUUUUGUUGUUGUAUUUUCUCCAAGUGGUUUUGAGUUCAUUGUCCUGAUACAAGGAUGUAAAUAUCUUYGACGUUUUAUCCUAUUAAGUUGACUUCUUUCUGUUUAUUUGCACAGUAGGACUUUUGAAAUAAAGUUUGCUUGUGACGCACUUCUCCAACCAUUUCGUGAAAGGUCGCCACGUCAUUAUCAGUGUUGCUCUUGGAUGAAUCACCUACAAAUUGGUAGUGUGCGUUGGGCCAGACUGUAAUUGGAACUCAUUAGCUCAGUCAAACACAGCCAGGUAGUUGUGUUUAUUAUCACAGAAAAGUACCUAAUUUGACUUUUUAGGGUAAUUUCCUGUGAUUUUCGCUCAAAUUCUCGGUCCCAAGCGGUGAAACUUGGCCAUCUGUUGUCCAAAAGCCGACAUGACGGUCAGUUGAUAUCCAGUGUGGAAACUCAUCUGGCUUAGCUCCUUGAAACCGUCCACGAUGUAGUAAUCCCUACCCUCUUGUGCUCUGGAGGGCUUUUCGAACAUGUGCUGGAAAUUACCCACAAAUACUGUUUGGCCCAGAUGACACCACAUCUGUCGUCAUCUUCUCGCCUUCGCUCUGAUAAACGGCUUAAAGCAGGCGAUUUAGCACAAAUGAGCAAACUGCCUGACUCCUUCUCAGAGUCGACGUCUCGUCACGCGUCUGUGUGGAGGGGCUGCAGGGGGUCUUCGCUGUGACCUUAGAUCGGCUGCAGAUCUCCACACCURUUCGUCAUCUCAAUAAAGCAUUGUCACCCAAAGCCUUACAACUGAUGUUUUUGUGUUUGUGUGUUUCACUUCAAACUGUUGACGGAUCCCUGAUGAAGCAAGAUGUUGUUGAAGUGCACUUGAUUUAAAAAUUCUUAGUUUUCUUACCUUGGAGAAGUCCCUUCUUUCUUAUGUUUAAGAAAUAAAUGGAUGAGAUAUCACCAUGUCUGAGUAAUGAGUGUUUUAUUGGAUUUUCUUUUUAUUCAUACUCACUUUAUUUUUAUCAUGCACUCAAAAAACACUAUUUCAACUGGUUCUGCUCAAGUGAAUUGUCGAGUGGAACAAGUUGACAUUUUUGUAAAUAAAAUCGACUUUUGUUU